AUGAAUCAAUCAAAAGUGGAAACGAACUCGUCGACCGAUGAAGACCCAGACCAUGAAAAUCUAGUCCGCAGCAAACUGGGCAGUUUGGUUCCUGAGUGUGAUUCGGUCAAAUCCGCUUAUGACGCUUGCUUUCAGGAAUUUUUCCCCAAGUUUCUUCGCGGCUCUACAAAUGAUCCUUGUGGUCCAAAAUUGAAAGCCUAUCAGCAAUGCUUGCGUGGUACAUUGGAAUCAAUGGGCAUUGAUAUGAAAGAGCUGGAUGCGUCACGCGUCGAUGCCGAUGCUAUUGCAGCUGCUCUGAACAAGCGAUGA